GUGUUCCAGACAGGAAGCAUGCGACAAGUGGGAGGAGCCUCAGCACUUCAACACCCGACUGGACCAAUGUGUCGACAUCACUGUUACCCCUAGCAACAUGUCCGUCACCUCCCCGGCAACACAGUUAACCAUUCGGGUGCAGAACGUCCCGGCGCUCUCUGGGGGCGUGUCCUGCGUCUUUGAGGACCUGAGUGAAACACCUGGAGAGGUGCUGGCUAAAGGUCAGGUGAUGUGUCUGUCGCCUUCACUGAAAGACCUGCCGACUAACACACACUCCUACGGAGAGAAACGAGUCGUCCAGCUCAGCCUUCGCUCCACAGAGACCGGACAUCAGUUCAUCACCACCAACUUCCUCUUCUACAACUGCUCUGUGCUCAACUCGUGCACGUCCUGUGUCAGCAGCGUGUUCCCGUGUCAUUGGUGUAAAUAUCGUCAUGUCUGCACCAACAACCUGCAGGACUGCUCAUUCCAGGAGGGUCGAGUCAGCAACAUGGAG